UGCGAUUUGAAGACACCACCAAUCCACCAUACACUAUAAUUACACACGUGUGCGUGCCGUGGAAGAUCGCGUUUGUUUUUAACUCCGACCAGUGUGCCUUUAUUGAUCACAUCUUGGAGAAUUCAACCAACCAAAAAUCAAAAUGGCGGACGAGCAGAGACCUCAGAAGAGUCAUAGAGAGCAGAAAGCUGGGAGGAAGUUUGAGAAGAAGAAAGCAAGGACCAAACCAGUUGAUGAAAACAUGACCGCCCGUCAACGCAAUCCUAAGGCUUUUGCCAUCCAGUCUGUGAAUAAGACAGCCCGCAAAGUUCGCAGGACACUUGAUAUAAAGGAGAAGAAGCAUCAUAUUCCAGUCGUUGAUCGCACGCCACUCGAGCCGCCUCCUGUCGUCGUGGCUGUCGUUGGUCCUCCAAAGGUCGGGAAGACAACAUUAAUCCGCUGCCUCGUAAAGAACUUCACUCAUCAGAACCUAGCCACAAUCCAAGGACCUGUCACAAUUGUAUCGGGAAAGAAAAGGAGACUGACUUUCCUCGAGUGCAAUAAUGACAUAAGCAGUAUGAUUGAUAUAGCUAAAAUUGCUGAUUUGGUGUUACUUCUGGUUGAUGCUAGCUUUGGUUUUGAGAUGGAGACGUUUGAGUUCCUGAACAUUGCUCAAGUGCAUGGAUUCCCUCGUAUCAUGGGUGUCCUCACUCACCUUGACAUGAUGAAGGACAAUAAAGCGUUGAAGAAGACAAAGAAAAGACUCAAACAUCGAUUCUGGACAGAAGUAUAUCAGGGUGCCAAGUUGUUUUACCUGUCUGGCAUGGUUUACGGUGAUUAUCAGAAGAGAGAGGUCCUGAACCUGGGACGGUUCAUCUCUGUGAUGAAAUUCAGACCUCUUGUCUGGCGGAGUAUGCAUUCCUAUGUCAUAGCUGACAGAAUGGAAGACCUAACUAGUCUAGAGCUGGUUAGACAGAACUCAAAGUGUGACAGAACGGUUUCACUAUACGGCUAUGUCAGAGGUGUACCACUCAAGCAGAAGAGUUCCAUUCAUAUACCAGGUUGCGGAGACUUCCCCAUCAGGGAUGUAUCCUUUCUCUCGGAUCCCUGUCCGUUACCGGACAAAGAGAAGAAACGAUCGCUGAAUGAAAAGGAACGUCUCAUCUACGCCCCCAUGUCUGGGGUAGGAGGUAUCGUGUAUGACAAGGAUGUCGUCUAUAUUGAGCUGGGCAGCCACAAAGCCCAUAGUCAGACCGUCCAGGAAGAGGAUGGUCCAACUAAGGAACUAGUGAACAACCUGAUUGGUUCUCAGAAGACCCUUGACAACAAGAUGGCCGCCAGUAAGCUCACGCUCUUCGCCGACUCCAAUCCAGUAACGUCACAAGAUGUUGCCAUGGAUACAAGCAUUACAUCGCAAGACGCAGACAUUUCCAGUGAUGGGAAGUCGAGAGUGAGGAGGAGAGCUGUUCAUCUUGGAGAAAUGGAUGAUGAUGAUGAGGACGAAGAUGAUGACGAUGAUGACGAUGAAGAGGAGGAUGACGAUGAUGAUGAGGAGGAGGCACUUGAGGAUGAAGAAUGGAAUUUAGCUGAUGAUAAAGGUACAUCCCAAGGAGACAUUGCGUUUGCAGACAGUGAGGACGAGCUAGAACUCGAAGAAGAAUCAAGACCUGAAGGUGACCCUGAGGAUGAUGAAAUGGAAGACAGUGAAGAGGAUACCAACAAGGAGGAUGAUGGGAUAAGAAGAAAUGAUGAUGAUGAGGAGGAGGAGGAUGAAGAUGCCCAACAAUCAGGUCAGUUGAAAUGGAAGGAGAACCUCAAGCAAAGAGCGGCAGAGAGCUUCUUGAGACAGCAAACAGAGACACCAAACCUAAGGAGACUGGUUUACGGUACCGCUGUGGAGGCUGGUUCCUCUGAUGAGGAAGACAGUACUGAGUUGGGUGGACUCUUCACCCUCACCAAGACCAAGGAAUCCAAGAAGAAAAUGAGGAAAGCGAUGAACGAUACUGACUGUUCUUCGUUUCCUGUGCAGACGGUUAGGGAUUGGACAUUGGAUGAGAUGAAGAGCCUAAUAGCUGACUGUAUGGUGACAGGAAAGUGGGGUGAAGAAGAAGAUGCAAAGACUCUCUUAGAUCAAGAUGAUGAACUGUAUGGGGACUUUGAAGAUUUGGAAACGGGCGAGGUCCAUAAAGCGGAGCCGUCUAAAACCCAUGCUGAUGACAGUGACGAUGAGGAUGAUGAUGAGGAAGAUGAUGACGACAAGGAAGAAAAGAAGAGCAAAAGAGAUAUGACGCUGGCUGAGAAGAGAGCAGAGAAAAAGAGGAAAAUGAAGGAGUUCUUUAAUGCAGACUACGAUAAUAAAGGAGGAGAAUCAUACUUUGAUGAGCUGAAAGAGGAAAUGAACCAACAAGCACAGUUGAACAGGAGUGAGUUUGCGGACAUGGAGGACGAUGUAAGAACGCAAUACGAGGGCUUCCGCUCAGGAAUGUAUGUCAGAGUAGAGAUUGCAGAUGUACCUUGUGAAUUUGUGACACAUUUUGACCCGAUGUAUCCCAUAAUUCUCGGAGGUCUGCUCAACAGCGAAGAGGCAGUAGGGUAUGUGCAGAUGAGACUGAAGAAGCACAGAUGGUACCCUAAGAUCCUGAAGACCAGAGAUCCUAUCAUCUUCUCAGUGGGUUGGAGACGUUUUCAGACCAUACCACUCUACUCCAUCCAAGAUCAUAAUGGACGCAACAGACUCCUCAAGUACACCCCAGAACAUAUGCACUGCCAGUCCAUUAUCUGGGGUCCCAUUACACGUCAGGGCACUGGAGUUUUGGCUGUACAGUCUGUUGCAGGUAGAAUGGCUGGCUUCAGGAUAGCUGCAACUGGAGUGAUCCUAGAUCUAGACAAGUCUGUCAACAUCGUUAAGAAACUCAAGCUGACCGGAACGCCAAUGAAGAUUCACAAGAAUACAGCAUUUAUACAGGGUAUGUUCAAUACAGCCUUGGAAGUGGUCAAGUUUGAAGGUGCAUCCAUUAGAACGGUCAGUGGUAUCCGUGGUCAGAUCAAGAAACCUUUGAAGUCACCGGCAGGAGCGUUUAGAGCCACCUUUGAAGAUAAGAUCCUCAGGAGCGAUAUUGUGUUUGUGAGUACGUGGUUCCAAGUCGCUAUUCCCAAGCUGUAUAAUCCUGUGACUACUCUACUGCUUGCCGCAGAAAACAGAGGGAACUGGACAGGAAUGAGGACAGUUGGACAACUCAGACACGAUGCUAACAUCCCUGUUCCUAAUGAUAAAGAUUCUAAUUAUAAGAAAGUUGAGAGGAAGCCUCGAAGGUUCAACCCUCUGGUUGUUCCAAGAAGUCUGCAGAAGGAACUUCCGUUCAGGGAGAAGAGCAGAAACAAGGGACAGAAGACACAGACAAUAGGAAAGAAGGGACCAACCUUGGGUGCUCUUAGAGCCGUCGUCAGAGAACCACAGGAGAGGAAGGUUGCUGCAUUGAUGCAUGAACUGAGCACACUCUACAAAGAAAGAGAGCGGAAAGAACGAAAAGUCAUGUCAACAAGAGUCAAAUCACACAAGAAAAAGAUGGCAGUCCUGGAAGCGCAGAGAGAAGAAAGACAAAAGAAGGCUAAGCAGGAGGUCUAUAGGCUACUAGGGCAGAUGAAGAAAAAGACUAAAAGGUGAUGAUGAAUGGCAUAUCAGAAGAAUUCUAUAGACUGCUGGUGAAUGGAAAGGAUGAAGUGGAUGGAACUUUCAUGUGGAUUCAGAAGAACAAUUGAAUUUUAUGAAAUGGGAAUGGGAUGGCUUCAAUUGUGGAUAUUGAACAUAUAUGGACCAAGGACAGAAGAUAGCUGGUCUAUAGGCUCCUGGGACAGAUUAAAAAAAAACGGAAUGAAGGGGUGAUGAAUGGUUCACAGAUAUCAAGAGAAUUCUAUAGACCGCUGGUGAAUGGAAACGAUUGAGUGGAAAGAACUUUCACAUGGAUUCAGAAGAACAAUCAAAUUUUAUGAGGUGUUGUGGCCCAGUGGAUAAGUCUUCGGACUUUGAACCACAAGGUCUGGGGUUCAAAUCCCACCAUGGCACUAGCGUCCUUUGGCAAGGCGUUUAUCUACAUUUUCCACUCUCGACCCAGGUGUAGUAAAUGGUACCCGGUAGGAAGGGUUUCCUUGAAUGCUCGUGCGCCCGAUCAGGGUAGCUGUGCUUAAGCCGGGGUAAUAGUAUGCAGCGCUUAGAAACAUUUGUAUUCAGAGCUAUAUAAAUGUUGCAUAUUAUUAUUAUUCUUAUGAAAUGGGAAUUGGACACCUUCAAUUGUGGAUAUUGAACAUAUAUGAAAGAAGGACGGAAGAUAGCCAAAGAAGGGGUCUAAAGGCUACUAGAAGAGAUGAAUGGAAAGAGCCUGAAGUCAUCAGGGGCUUAGAACUGAGGAGCUCUAACUGGAAUUCCAUAAGAUGCUUGGAGUUUUUUUUUUAAUCAAUUAACAUCUGGCCUGCAUAUGAGGACCAAGUUUUCUGACUGAGAUGGUUCAUAUUCAUAUUUUGUGCUGUUUUGCCAAUCAAGUUGGCAUAAAGAAAGAUAUGCAUGAUGAGCUUGAAUACUUCACAUUGGACCUGGUAAUGCUUACUAAAUGUAUUUAUAGAGUUUUGGAAAGUGUAUUUUAAUAUUUCAGGUGCCUGUGCUAUUUUUAUAAUGUAGUUGCAGUUCCCAGUGCAGAAACUGAAAAUGACUUUUUAAACCUGGUUUUCCCUGGGGACCAUGAAAGUUUUUUGAUGGUUUUACAAAAACAUCAAUGGCAAAAAAAUGCCAAAGUCCAACAUUUGCAUGAAGUACAGUAUGUAGCCAAGUGCUCCAAACUUUCGCUUUACUUUAGCUAUUGCGAAAACCGGGAAAAGGUCAGAGGCCAAUUUCAUAAAGACUUGUUAUAAUAAUAAAUGGGAAUCUUCGUCGGAGGCAAAAUGCCUCUUUGCCAUUUGCCAUUUUGCCUCCGACAAAGAUUCUGCUAGGAUCGAAAGCUUAGGCCCCUUUUGACUCUCUAAUUUACUCCAUUGGCUCUCUUUUAUUAGAUAAGCAGUUUUCAGCAGCUUUUUUCUGCCAUAAUAACAAAUGCAUAGUUUCUAUAACAGUUUUACUAUUAGCCAAUCAAAUUGAAUGUUUUCAGUAGCUUAAAACAGAAACGAACCAGCAGCCUUAAUAGUACCACCAUGUCCUUUCUCACAUUUGACCUGCAUUAUGCAGCAUUCUGAGCUGUAUAGUCUUGUAAUAUAGGCCCAUUGAAUGAUAACAUACUCAUUCACCACUCAAUACAUUCAUACCACACUAGUUAUGUUACCAAGUAGCAACACAAGUUUUUCCUGUAUAAAACAUUUAAGUUUCUCUAUAUGAAUGAAAUUAUAGGCUAAUUAUAGUCUCCGUAUUGUUGAUGGUUAUCUCAAAAUGUACAUUUUGAAGACUAGUUGUUUAUAACACACAGUCAAUGAGAUACCACACAGAGUUUUUAUCAGUUUGCUCCCCCUUUAAAUCUCUUUUUGCAAAUUUGUUAACAGGAUUAUGAAAGGGGCUCUUGGGCCUUUUAAAACAAAGGUUAGUGAUUAAUCGCUAAAUGAAAUUUUCUAUCAAGAUCAUUGUUUUAUGUGCAUAUGCUCAGUAGACUGACUCGGAACCAAUCAUAAUUAUUCUUUCAAAUUAGUGAUUAAUUGCGAACCUUUGUGUUACAGGGCCCGGGCAUGGCAAGGACAAAUGAUAUCAUAUUGUCCAACAAACAUUCAAAUAUGCAUUUGAAUUCAAUCCGAGGUCUUUUUAGUUUUAUCAUUCUUAGUUCUGCUUUACUCAUCAUUCUGAUUUGUUACCAUUCAUCCAGGGAAAGAGUCUGAUAUUGUCAGGACAACCAAAUUUGCUUUUAAAGUUGAAUCUGAAUUCUUUUAUGUUUUUAAUACUCAAGUUCUUUUAAGUAAUAAAAGAUCACUAGACAUUACUAUAUAACCAUUCUCUAGCCUAUGUUUUGUGGUUUCACAAAAUGUUACAAUUUAAGAUUCCAUAAAUUGACAAAGUAAUUUAUAUGAACGAAAAGGAAAAAUCUUGAUUCUGCAAUAAAAAGCCUGACCAGUCCGGCUGUAACAUGUA